AUGUCUUUAAAGCCCAACAUAUUCCACCACAACAACAAUUUGGACGGGCAACAACAGUUCAACAAGCGCCAGCUGACGUCAACACUCUCACACCCAUCAACAUACAAGACAUUAAUAAGGACAACAACUAGCGCCAUGAAACAGCACCACAAUGAAGCUCUUUUCAGGAAGUCUUCACCAUUGUUCAAGGUAUAUCUCGACCAGCUCGUAGUAUUACUGGUUUCAUUUAUUGUGUUAUGUUGUGGAAUGGCGCAUCAUCAUCAGCAAACACUUGUUGUUGUUGCAGAAACAUCUCCAGCAUCCUCAUCCCUACAUUCAACAUUGCAACCUAUACAAACGAUACAACCUCAUAUUCAAAGUUAUUUGAAACAAUUAUUUAGACCAGACUCGACGAAGAACGUUCAGUCAACUGAUGGGUCAACCACAUCAAACAACGUUGCAAGUUGUUUGCACAAGCAGCAACAAGAACAUAACGAACGUUUAUUUCAGCCAUCAUCAGCAUUAUCAUCACCACUAGUUACGAGUGACACCUUAUCUGAACUUUUGUCAUCAUCCAACACCAAAUUGGUCAUCAUGAACCAACAACAACAACAUCAGCCUCACAACCAAUAUAUCACAACUCCAUGUGAACGUUCCCAACAACAACAACAACACCUUGAAUUGUCAUUACAAAAUGGCUCACCACUCUCUCUUCGUUCCACUUUAGAAAAUACAGACACAUCCACCAUCUCCCCAUCCAACUACGUCUUUUACAACACGACCUAUUACUUUGGUUACUUCUCCAUUACAUAUUCUCUUUCGGGAGGUUCACCUGUUUAUUUCGGAACAGUAGCAAAAAAUCAACUCUCGAACCUGAAGGGACCCAAUUCGCCCACUUUUCAACAAAUUUCCUCACAAUCAACCUUCUCUAAUUCCGAAUUGAGAUUAUCUGUAGGAGGACAAGCUUCCUAUUUUGUGUGGUACAAUUCUCACUCGAGUCAGAAUGCCCUUCUUCAACUCUCUACAUUUUCCUUCAUUUACAAGACUUACACUUCGACCUAUUCAGUGAGUAUGACCCGAGGUGAUGUUGAAAUGUUCUAUUGCUACAGUUGUAUCAGUGUUCCCAAUACUCGAUACAUUAUUUCAUUACGUAGUCUGAGUGGAACUUCUCAAAAUGUUUCUGUGGGCUAUACGUACGAUAAGAGCCUCAUGCCCUCCACCUUCAUCAAUGCUGUCUUUUCUAGCUCUAAAGUGUUUUAUAUUGAUCCAUUAGUGCCCUAUCCAGCUGGAUCACCUCCUCCCGUCUAUGCCUAUGUGGCUUGCCUUGGAAGUAAUGGAUGUUCCGGAUUGGAAAUUACCUUACGUAUGAGUGAUGAUUUACAAGACUUGAUCAUUAUUGUGAUUGCCUCCGUGUUGGGAAGUCUUGUAUUGUGUACGUGUUUGAUUCUUGUGGUGAGUGUGUUGGUGUGUCGUUACAGGAGGCAGCCAAAGCCUUCUUCGAAUGCUUCUUCUUCUAAUGCUCUUCCUCCAGGGGUGUCUUACAAUAUUCCUCUGAAUGAUCAUGUCAUGAAGGGACAACCACAACAAACACAACAACCACCCAUUAUGGUUUCUUCUCUUCCAAAACAACCACCACCAUCAAGUCUGCCCACCACCACCACCACCACCACCACAACAUUGCCUUACUACACCAAUCUUCAUCCUUAUCAUACCAUGCCAAAUCCUCCUCCUCCAACAACAACAACAGCGUAUUAUGUUCCGACAAAUCAAUCACCUCAUAAUAUCUAUAAUACUUUGCCUACUUCCAUUCCUCCUACUCAACAACAACACCAACAGUAUAGAACUCCCUCGUUUGUCAAUCCACAACAUCAACAACAACCACAGCCUCCCAUGAUGAUGGUUGGAAUGCCUCCAACAUCCUCAACUCAACCAAUCAUGUAUCAACAACAACCUCAUCAACAACCUCCAACAUUGACCAACCACUCAACAACAACAACAACAGGUGGUUCAAUUGGAGCUCCUUUACCCUCCUCAUCGUCGUCGUCGCCUCCUCACGUACACGUUCAUUCAAACAACUCUAAUAGUAUCAACAACACAGCAUUUUCUCAAACUAGUACUUUGAAUAAUACUGCCACCGCUGAUACUGCUACGACAACUAGCACCACAACAUCUUCCUCAAUAUUUAUUGAAACGUAUCGAGAAUCUUCGGAUGCAGCUUCCAGCGUGCCCCAUAAGAAUCAAUCAUCAAGAACUUCCAAUGCUCAAGACUCGGAAGAUGAUCGUUCUUUAUUGAAAGGAAGAUAUAAGGUCAUUGAAAAAGUUGGAAAAGGAACUUUUGGAGAUUGUUAUUUGUGUCAUGAUAUCAAGAGGAAUAAUCAAGCAGUGGCUGUGAAAUCGAUUCGUGUCGAUGAUAAUGAUAUGGAGAAGGUCAUUGAUGAGUGCUCCAAAACACUCACUUUCAAGCAUCCAAGAUUGGUCGAAGUUUAUGAGUUAUUUAAGGCCAAAUCUCUCGAGUCGUUGUGUUUGGUCAUGAAAUUCUAUCAGAGUGACUUGGAGAAGUGCUUUAAAACUCAUGGAUUUUUCUCAGAGAAGGUGAUUGUGGAAUUGAUUCAUCAAAUUGGAGAUGGUCUCGAUUAUUUACAUAAUACCAAGAUGGUUCUUCAUAGAGAUUUGAAACCAAAGAACAUUUUUGUUGACAAGUAUGACGAAAAAGCUCAGACGAUUGACGUAGUCAUUGGAGACUAUGGUGAAGCAAAAGAAAUGGGAGACACGACCAAUUCAGUCCGAGGAACCAUCAUUUACAUGUCUCCAGAAUGUCUCACAGGUCAGAAAUACAGUUUUCCUUCUGACAUUUUCUCCAUGGGAGUUUCUUUCUUUCAAUUAAUGACAGGAGAAACAUUCAACAACAUUGGUGUUGCGAGUCGCAUGUUAGGAGAAACUGAAGAGCAAGUAAUGAAUAGUUUGCGAGAACAGUUAAGCAAGAAUCAACUCUAUCAUGAACCUUUGAUAAAUUUCAUUUUGAGCAUGCUCCGUAAGGAUCCACAAAAGAGACCUACUGCUAUUGAUAUGAAGAAUUUUCACGAGUAG